UUGGUGAAGGUUCUCAAUCGCAUACGCGAUUUUCUCAAUGAGGAAGACUCAGGAGGCUGCAAUUGGCACAGUUUACCAAGCAAUAUUACGGGAAACGCUGCCGCCACUCCCGUUCGAGACUCAUCCAGCAACAGUGCGGCGAACGACAUUCUUAACUUGGAAACCUGUUCCCAUUUCCAUCGUGUUUGGUCCGCCAUACAAUUGGUGUUUUGUACUCCUUUUGGUCAAUACGAAUACACCGUGGAGGAGAUGUUUGGUGAAGGACUGAAUUGGGCCGGUUGUGCGAUCAUUCUACUUCUCGGUCAGCAACGUCGUUUUGAGAUUUUGGAUUUUGGCGGUCAUCUCUUACGAUUACAACGGGCGGAUAAAAAGGAUAUGACACCGGAAGGAGUGUCGCUGGAACGAAUGGCUGCCCGAUUGAGUCGUUUCGCGGUCCUCAAUCGUCAAAUAUUCGCCACGCUCAAUGUUUACCUAAACCCGAAAGAUCGACCGGUCGGUCCGAGCGAGAGUGUGCGUCACUUCCCCCCGCCCACUUGGUCACGUCCGUGA